AUGGCUUCCAAACCUUACCCUCAUGUCCUCAUCGUGGGAGCAGGGCUGAGCGGCCUGACUCUGGCACAAAUCCUGCGCAAGAACGGUGUAUCCUACGAGAUCUUCGAGCGCGACGAGUCCGCUGAUGCCAGAGCCCAGGGCUGGGCCAUUGCCCUUCACGGGCCCGUCCUGGCAGACCUCAAGGAGCAUAUGCCUGAAGACAUUGGUCCGAUAGAGUGUACCAACCACAUCGCGCCCCUGGAUCACCUGCCUGCGCAGUUCGUCUUUUACCACGUUAAGAAGCCCGACAUGCGCAUCGGUGUGGAGGACGAUGAUAAGGGCAAGAUCGUGCGUGCCAACAGGCAGAGGCUGCGCGACUGGCUGCGAACGAAUAUCCCCGUGCAGUACGACAGGCGCGCCGUGAAGGUGGUGGAGGAUGAGAGAAUCACUGUCCACUUUGAGAAUGGAACGUCUGCCACAGGUGACAUUUUGGUCGGAGCGGAGGGCAGCCGGAGCGCUAUCCGCAAGCACAUACUUCACGGGCAGGACGUCAUGAAGCCUCUGCCCAUUGGAUCCAUCGUCGGCGAGAUCGAGCUGACUGGUGACGAUUUCGCUCGUCAGUUGGAGCUCGCGCAUUCGGCAUACGUCGUGCUCGACGAUGGGCCUGCCUCGCUGUUCGCUGCGCUGAACAAGGUCUCACCAGACGGAAAGAUGGGUUACUGGUACUUCAUCCUACACUGGGUCGAUGCGGAGGCGGCAAAGGCCACGGAUGAGAAUCCUUAUUGGACUAUCAACGCGAGUAGGGAGGAGUUGGCUGCCUUUGUCAGGGAGAAGGUGAAGGACUAUCCUGACCAUCUGCGCGUCCUAGUCGACAAGACACUUGUUGAGAGAUACAAGAGGCCGGGCAUUGUGCUGCAGAGCGUGAAACUAAGUGCAGACCAGUUGCCAGCUAAGCGGGUCAUGCUUAUAGGGGACGCAGCGCAUUCUAUGACGCCUUUCCGAGGAGAGGCUGGAAUAAAUGCCAUGCAGGAUGGUGUGACUCUUGGGCGGACAAUCACUCGCAUCAGAGACACUCAGGCUAGAGGACCCGAGUUCGAGAAGAUGAUGGGCGACUUCCGUGAUGACAUGCUCAGUCGUGGUGCUAGAGCUAUUCGGGUAUCGAACCCGGUACUCGAGGAGCAUACUGAGAAGCCCAACAGGGAAUGGGUCACCUGCAGUAAAGUCGCCGUUACACUGCCCAAGGAGACCAUCACGAUUGAGAAGUGA